AGAGUUAAUAUUCACAAGUCCAUGGGCCCUCAUGAGAUACAGCCCUGGAGAGAACUGGCUGAUGUCACUCUACCACUCUCCACACUUUUUGCUAAAUCUUGGCAAGCAGGAGAGGUGCCUGAGGACUGGAGGAAAUCCAGUGUCACUUCAGCCUUCAAAAAGGGCAAGAAAGAGAUUCCAGGGAACUAUAAACCAGGCAACCUCACCUCCACCCCUGGAAAAACAAUGGAGAUUACCUCUAGGCACUCGGAAGAGAAGGUGAUCAUCAGGAGUAGUCAGCAUGGAUUUACCAAGGGGAAAUCAUGCUUGACUAACCUGAUAGCAUUCCAUGAUGCUGUAACUGAAUGGGGAGAUACAGGGAGACCAGUGGAUGUAGUCUACCUUGACUUGAGCAAGGCUUUUGACACCGUCUCUCAUAACAUCCUUGUGAACAAGCUCAGAAAGUGUGAGAUUGAAGAGCAGUCAGUUAGAUGGGUUAGGAACUGGUUAAACAAUAGAGUUCAGAGUGGUGAUCAAUGGUGCCAAGUCCAUCUGGAGACCUGUAACUAGUGGAGUUCCCCAGGGAUCAGUGCUGUGUCUGGCCCUGUUCAAUAUCUUAAUAGCAUUGAUGAGGGCACAGAGUGUCUGCUCAGCAAGUUUGCUGAUGAUACCAAACUGGGAGGGUUGACUGACACACCUGAAGGCUGUGCAGCCAUUCAGCAAGAUUUGGACAGACUGAAGAGCUGGGCACAGAGGAACCUAAUGAGGCUCAAUAAGGAUAAGUGCAGAGUCCUGCACCUGGGGAGGAAUAACAAACUGCACCAGUACAGGCUGGGAGGUGACUGCUGGAGAGCAGCCCUGUGCAGAGGGACUUGGAAGUCCUGGUGGACAACAAGCUAUUCAUGGGACAGCAAUGUGCCCUUGUGGAUGAGAUCCUGGGGUGCAUUAAGAGGAGUGUGGCCAGCAGAUUGAGGGCAGUUCUUGUCCUCACCUCUGCUCUGCCCUGGCGAGACCUCACCUGGAAUACUGCAUUCAAGAGGAACAGGCAUCUACUUGAGAGAGUCCAAUAGAGGGCUGUGGAGAUCACUGAGGGGCUGGAGCACUGCCCAGGGAGGAGAGGCUGAGGGAGCUGGGGCUUUUUGGUCUCAUGAAGAGAAGAGUUAGAGGGGAUGUAAUGAAUGUUGAUGAAUAUGAGGGCUGGGUGUCAGGGCAGAGGGGACAAACUCUUCUCAACUGCACCCAGCAAUAGGACAAAGGGCACUGGUUACUAGAAUACAAGAAGUGCCACCUCAACAUGAGGAAGAACUUCCUUACUGUAAGGGUCACGGAGCACUGGAACAGGUUUCCCAGAGAGGUUGAGGAGUCUCCUUCUCUGGAGACUUUCAAGACCCAUCUGAAUGCAUUCCUGUGCAACCUGAGCUAGAUUCUAGGGUGCUGCUCUGGCAGGGGGAUUGGCCUCCAUCUGUGGAGGUCCCUUCCAGCUGCUAACAUCCUGCGAUCCUGUGAGGUUUUUUGUUCUUUACUUUUUCACAAUGCGAAGGUACCAGUCUGUGUGAGAAAGAUGUCACAAGAAGUUGAUCCCAUUCUCAGUUUCCCAGACUGGUUUCUAAAAACCAUCCCAAGCCACUAAAGGAAAAUCCCUGACAUGUCACCUGUCACAUGUAGCUUCCCAAGUGAGACUGCUUACAAGAAAUUUCAAAACAGUCAGAAGAAGGAGAUUUUAAAGCUGCACUCCUGAUAUUUUCCUUCUCAUAACAUCUCUUUUGUCAGUGAUCAAAAUUUAGCUCACCCUCUGCUUCUGGGCAGAGAAUGGUCUGCUCUGCAGACAAGCACAUAGAGGAGCGGCUUCAGCCAAGUGCCUUGGAGUGACAAAUGGCCAAGUCAGUGGCUUCUUUUCUUCUGUCUUUCAGGAUAGCCCUUUGCAGAGCCCUGAUUUUUGGUUUGCUCCUGCAGCCUCUACUGGCACAGCUUUCCACCAUCACACAGCCAAACAUUGUCCUGUUGAUGGCUGAUGAUCUUGGCAUAGGGGAUGUAGGUUGCUAUGGCAAUGAUACUAUCAGGACCCCAAACAUCGAUCGCUUGGCAAAAGAAGGAGUGAAACUGACCCAACACAUCGCUGCAGCUCCACUUUGCACUCCCAGCAGGGCAGCUUUCCUCACUGGCAGAUAUCCUCUCCGAUCAGGGAUGGAUGCUGUAAACAGCUACCGUGUUAUUUUCUGGAAUGGAGGCUCAGGAGGGCUUCCUCCAAACGAAACCACUUUUGCCAAAAUACUGCAGCAGCAAGGCUACAGCACAGGACUCAUAGGAAAGUGGCACCUGGGUGUUAACUGUGAAUCCCGCAAUGACCACUGUCAUCACCCUUUAAACCAUGGCUUCGACUAUUUUUAUGGCAUGCCUUUUACUUUAAUAAGUGACUGCCAACCAACCGAAACACCAGAGAUGGACAGAGGCUUUAGAAGGAAACUAUGGCUUUCCACUCAGGUGAUUGGCCUCAUUACACUCACUGCUGCACUGGGAAGACUUACUGGAUUGAUUUCAGUUCCCUGGAAAAUUAUGAUCUGCCUUCUUGGGUUUACUCUGCUGUAUUUCAUAUCCUGGUUCUCAAGUUAUGGAUUUGUACGAUACUGGAACUGCAUCAUGAUGAGAAAUCAUGAAGUAACUGAGCAGCCAAUGGUGACAGAAAGAACUACAUCUCUUAUCUUGAGAGAGUCCAUUUCAUUUAUUGAAAGAAAUAAACACAAGCCAUUCCUCCUCUUUCUUUCUUUUUUACAUUCCCACACUCCUCUCCUCACUACAAAGAAGUUUCUUGGGACAAGCAGGCAUGGCUUAUAUGGAGACAAUGUAGAGGAGAUGGACUGGAUGGUGGGCCAGGUUCUGGAUGCCAUUGAUAAGGAAGGCUUGCAAAAUACUACACUAGUUUACUUUGCCUCUGAUCAUGGUGGAUGGCUGGAAAGACAAGAAGGUGGAAGGCAGCUGGGAGGUUGGAAUGGAAUAUACAGAGGUGGAAAAGCUAUGGGAGGCUGGGAAGGAGGAAUCCGUGUCCCAGGGCUAUUUAGAUGGCCAGGAGUGUUGCCUGCAGGCACAGUUAUCAAUGAACCCACAAGCCUUAUGGACAUUUUUCCUACACUAGUUCAUCUGGCUGGAGGGGCACUACCCCAAGACAGGGUAGUUGAUGGCUGGGAUCUGAUGCCUUUACUACAAGGAAGAGUUGAGCACUCGGAGCACGAGUUCCUGUUUCAUUACUGUGGCGUUCACUUGCACGCUGUGAGGUGGCACCAGAAGGACAGUGGAGCCAUCUGGAAGGCUCAUUACAUGACCCCUGUCUUCCGUCCUUUUGGAGCUGGAGCAUGUUAUGAUAGAGGAUUUUGCCCAUGUUUUGGGGAAGAUGUGACCCAUCACGACCCUCCCCUGCUGUUUGACCUCUCACAAGACCCUUCUGAAGCCAAACCUCUGUCAGCUGACACUGAGCCCCUCUUUGACACUGUAAUAAAGAAGAUUGGAAGAGCCAUAGAAGAGCAUCGCAGGACAUUGACUUCAGUCCCAGAGCAGCUCUCUGUGUACAACGUGGUGUGGAAGCCAUGGUUGCAGCCAUGCUGUGGGACAUUCCCAUUCUGUUGGUGUGAUAAGGAAGAUGACAAUAAACUUGCCUACCUAUAAAGAAAAAGGCAAGCAAACAAACAAAAACCCCAAACCAGUUAAUUCCUCAAAAGUGUGUUUAGAUUGAGAGUAUUUUCUUUGGUAAAUUGAUAUAAAGGCUCCAUUAAAUAAACAGAAUUAUUCCAGUGAAUGGCACAA